AUGGAUAAGCAACUCGACCCCGUCAAGGACAAGCUUGACGAGUGUGGUGCUAUUACAGAGGAGCACGCUGGCAUGAACACUUCUUUGGAGCCAUACGGUCCUUCCGGAUUCCGCGGCCUCUUCUCAUCUCCCUACGUCGCAGCCUGCGCAGCCUUUUCGGCUAUCGGUGGCCUCCUCUUUGGCUAUGAUCAAGGCGUCAUUUCCGUGACCCUUGUCAUGGAUCAUUUUCUCGAUCGAUUCCCCGAAGUCUCUGAUGAUGCUCCUGGCGCAGGCUUCAAGAAGGGCCUCAUGACCGCCAUGAUCACGCUCGGGGCAUUCAUAGGUGCCAUCAACCAGGGUUGGAUCUCUGACUGGAUAUCCAGAAAGCGUUCGCUGAUGGUUGCUGUUGUGGUAUUUACGAUUGGAUCUACUCUUCAGACCGCUGCUAUCAACUAUGCCAUGCUGGUUGUAGGACGCUUUAUCGGUGGCAUUGGUAUUGGACAACUGUCCAUGGUGGUGCCGCUCUACAUUGCAGAGAUUUCCCCACCUGAAAUACGGGGUGCGUUGUUAGUCUUCGAAGAGCUGUCCAUUGUUAUCGGCAUUGUUGUUGCUUUCUGGAUAACUUACGGGACAAAGGGGAUCCCCAGCCACUGGUCCUGGCAACUACCAUUCCUCCUCCAAAUUCUCCCUGGUCUCCUAUUGGGCUUUGGUGCUAUUUUCUUACCAUACUCUCCUCGAUGGCUAGCUUCCAAAGAUCGCGAAGAGGAAGCCUUGUCCAAUCUCGCCAAGCUACGCGCUCUUCCCGAGUCCGAUCCCCGAGUCCAACGCGAAUGGAUGGACAUUAUUGCCGAAGCCCGAUUCCAAGCAAGUGUUCUCCGCGAACGACACCCUAAUCUCACUCAAAGAACGGAUGUUGUGGGAAAGAUUCGACUUGAGCUUGUGAGCUGGGGAGAUUGCUUCAAGUCUGGCUGCAGGCGUCGAACUCUUGUUGGUGCCGGCCUCAUGUUCUUCCAACAGUUCACUGGCAUCAACGCCCUGAUCUAUUAUUCACCAACACUGUUCGGCACUAUGGGCCUCGACUUUGACAUGCAACUCAUCAUGUCGGGCGUCCUCAACGUGACGCAGUUGAUUGGUGUUCUAUCAAGUUUAUGGACCAUGGAUCGUUUCGGUCGCCGAGGCAUCCUCCUCUGGGGUAGCUUCCUGAUGUUUGUUCCACAUCUCAUUAUUGCUGUCCUGGUAGGCAGGUUCUCCAAUGACUGGCCUAGUCAUACUGCUGAGGGCUGGACAAGUGUCGCCUUCCUUCUCUUCUACAUGCUUGCCUUCGGUGCUUCUUGGGGACCUGUUCCCUGGGCCAUGCCAGCGGAAGUCUUUCCGUCGUCUCUCAGAGCCAAGGGUGUGGCGAUCUCCACUUGUUCAAACUGGAUCAAUAAUUUCAUCAUUGGGCUCAUUACGCCACCUCUUGUCCGCGAAACAGGCUUCGGCGCCUAUGUCUUCUUUGCUGUCUUCUGUCUUCUGUCCUUUGUCUGGGUCUGGUUCAGUGUGCCUGAGACUAAUGGAAAGUCUCUUGAAGAAAUGGAUAGCGUCUUUAAAGACCGGACUGGAGUGGCAGAUAUUGCCGAGAAGGAUCGUAUCCUUGCGGAGGUCUAUUCUGAGCGACUGAGCCGUUGA